AUGUCCGCCGUCGACGCGCGGCAGGACGACUCCGUGUCCGAAGAGUCGGCGAUGUCCACAUCGCUGAAAUCGGAAUUCAGUUCUCAGGCUUGCAACAUCCUGGCUGAGUUGCGUGAGAAGGGAGAGCUUUGUGAUGCCAUAAUCAGGGUCGGAGACGUGGCUUUCCCUAUCCACAGAAACAUACUCUCUGCCUGCAGCAGCUUCUUCAGGGCUUUGUUCACCAGUCAAGUGGGCGAGGCCCCUACCAGCCAGUAUGAGAUAACACUGACCCAGGUCAGCAGUGAUGUGAUGUCGGUUGUCAUUGACUACGCCUACACUCGCCACGCCAAAGUCAAUGCCAACAACGUGGAACAGCUACUUCCGGCUGCCGACCAGUUCCAUGUUCUUGGUCUUGUCAAGGCUUGUUGUGAUUUCCUGGCAUCACAACUCUGUGCGGAAAACUGUAUUGGGAUUCGCAAGUUUGCUCAGUCGUACUUCUGCACCGGCUUAGAACAGCAGGCAUUAAACUACAUUCUGGUGAAUUUCUACUCCGUCUAUACAACAAGCAACGAGUUUUUACAGCUGGAUAUAGAAGAGGUUACAGACAUCCUGCAAUCCGACAACCUGAACGUGAGAACAGAGGAGCUUGUCUUUGACGCCCUUUGCCGGUGGAUUGACUACAGCCCAGAGAGAAGAAGGCGCCACAUUGCUCGUCUGUUGCGCACUAUCAGAUUGGGAUUACUGACUACAAGCUUCUUUGUCGAAAAAGUCAAGUCACAUGAUUACGUCAAGGAUAGUGAGCAGUGCCGACCAAUCAUCAUUGAGACCCUGAGGUUUCUGUAUGAGCUGGACAUGGACGAUAGAAGGGAAGUGGACAUGAGUAAUCCGAUAGCCCGUCCCAGAAUACCAUAUGAGGUCAUGUUUGUGAUGGGUGGCUGGAGCGGAGGCGCACCAACCAACAUGGUGGAAACCUACGACACCAGGGCUGAUCGCUGGAUUGUGUGUCCUGUGGCUGAUGCGGGACCCCGUGCUUAUCACGGAAUGAUCACUAUUGGGCACAUCAUCUACGUCAUCGGUGGAUUUGAUGGUGUCGAGUAUUUCAACAGUUGUAGAACUUUUGAACCUGUAUCCAAAAUUUGGUCAGAAGCACCGCCCAUGAAUUGUAAAAGGUGUUACGUGAGUGUUGCCCUUCUGGAUGGCCAGAUCUACGCUAUGGGUGGCUUUGACGGGCACGUCAGGCAGAACUCUGUAGAACGGUUCAACAGAGAGACCAAUCAAUGGAGCCUGAUCCGACCUAUGCAUCAUCAACGCAGUGACGCAUCCGCUACCACUUUAGGCGGAAAGGUGUACAUAUGUGGUGGAUUCAACGGCCAAGAAUGCAUGAACUCGGCUGAGUACUACACUCCCGAGACGGGUCAGUGGACGCUCAUCACAAACAUGAAUAGCAGGCGGAGUGGAGUGGGAGUCAUUGCCUACAAUGAAUGCAUCUACGCUUUGGGUGGCUUCAACGGCGUCACUCGUAUGAACACUGGAGAGCGUUACUGUCCCCGCACACGCCAGUGGGUAAACAUACCUGAAAUGUACAGCCCUCGCAGUAAUUUCGCCACUGAGAUCAUUGACGACAUGUUGUUCGCCAUUGGUGGCUUCAAUGGAGUGACCACCAUCUUCAAUGUAGAGUGCUAUGACUCCAACGCCGAUGAAUGGUAUGAUGCCACCGACAUGAACCUGUACCGCAGUGCCCUGAGCGCAUGUGUUGUCAAAGGAUUGCCUAACGUGCGUGACUACAUCUACCAGAACCGAGUAUUCCGGGAUACCGACAACUCAACAACAGUGGAUCCUCCGAUAGAACCGACAAUCAGCUCCUGA